UUUAUCAAAACAAAACUGCGAUUGAAAAAAAAAAUUACAGUGCAAAAAGCAUUUGUUUAACAGUUACAACUGAAGUGUAUCAUCAAGAGAUAGUAAAUGGACAGUAAUAACAUACCCGUCGUCAAUGACCCCAGACGGUUGAAUGUGGAUCUAGAUGUGAAUAAUAUCCCUACGUUAGAUGAAGAUGUCAAAUUACAAUUAAGAAAAUUAGAUCAACCAAUUACAUAUUUUGGAGAGAAUGCAUCAGAUCGACGUCAAAGGUUGAUCAAACUCAUAAGUGAAAUGCCACACGAGGUGACUGGCUUUGACUAUGAAGUUGAAAAUGGAGAUGAAGAUAUAGAAGAUGAGGAUGAGGAUGAUGAUGAAGAGUUUUAUACACCUGGGUCUCAACAAUUAUAUGAUGCAAGAGUUGAUAUUUUAAAGUUUUCAUUACAUAAAGCAUCUGAGAGGAAUAAAACAUUGAAGAAACUAGCACGAGAGGAGAAUUUCAUAAAAGUAUUAAAGCAUAGAAGACAAAUCAAUUCCAAACUUAAGGAUUAUGAAUUAUAUGGUUCUCAAUUGAUUCCAAGAAAUACAAGAGCAUUAUCAGCUGUAAGAUUCUCAAAGGAUAAUUCUUUAAUUGCUACAGGAUCGUGGGAUGGUUCACUAACGAUCUUGAAUAGUUCAGACUUGAGUAUAAAGAAAUCCCAAGAUAGCAUAUAUCAUUCUGACAAAGUUAGUGGAUUGGAUUGGGACAUAUAUUCCGAUAGUAAUUUAUUAGUUUCAGGAGGAGGAGAAGGUAAUAUUUACGUCUGGAAAGUGGAAGAAGAAGGAAAUACCAAACUUAAACCACAUUUAUCCAUUAAAGGGGCUCAUGAUAAUAGAAUCACCAAGACAAUAUUCCAUCCAUCAUCGAAAUACAUAGCAUCAUUAUCAUUCGAUCAAACUUGGAAACUUUGGGAUUUAGAAAAACCACAACAAGAACUAAUACAACAAGAAGGUCAUUCGCAAGAAGUAUUUGCUGGUUCAUUUCACCCUGACGGUAGUAUACUAGCUACUGGUGGAUUAGAUGCCAUUGGUAGACUUUGGGAUUUACGUUCAGGAAGAUCAAUUGCUACUAUGGAGAGUCAUAUUAAAGGUAUUUAUAGUAUGGAUUGGUCAUGGAAUGGAUCUCAUUUAGCUACUGCCAGUGGUGAUUUUUCCGUUAAGAUCUGGGAUAUACGUAAACUUGAUCGUAAGAAUUCGGAAUUGUUUUCUAUACCCUUACAUACGAAAGUUGUAAGUGAUGUAAGAUUUUUCAAUAGACGACAAGCAGAUGUAUUAAGUAAAGAAGUCAGUGGAGAAUUUAAUGAAGAACCUCAAACAUUAGAUUCCAAUGGAACGUUCUUAGUAACAGCUUCUUAUGAUGGUACCUUAGGUAUAAUUUCUUCUGAUAAUUGGGUUAAAGUGAAAAGUCUUGCUGGACAUAAUGAUAAAGUAAUGAGUUGUGAUAUAAGUGGUGAUGGUAGUAAAAUAGUAAGUAGUGGAUGGGAUAGAUCUGUAAAAUUAUGGGGAUUAUAAAUAGUUUCUUUUGUAUAGGUAAUAUUAAAAAAGGCUUUAAAUUGAUUAAUU